GGACAGCAUGAUGGGCAGCUUCAUCCUCUUUGGUGCCAUCGACCCUGCCUACACCACCAAUGGCAUCACCUGGAUCCCCCUCUCUGCUGAGACCUACUGGCAGGUCACCAUGGACCGUGUCACAGCCAGAGGGAAGCCCUUGGCCUGCACCCACGGCUGCCAGGCCAUCGUAGACACUGGCACCUCCAGGCUGGUCGUGCCCUCCAAAGCCCUCAGUAGAAUCCAGGCUGCCUUUGGUACCACCUCUGACGGGCAGAUCAGCUGCUCCCGCGUCCCCUUGCUGCCCAAAAUCGUCUUCCACAUCGGUGGGAAACCUUUCCCCGUGCCACCCACCUCCUACGUGGUGCAGGAGGAUGGGGAAUGCAUCCUUGGCUUCCAAGGCAUGGACAUCCCCACGGAGGCUGGAGAGAUCUGGAUCCUGGGGGACAUCUUCAUCCGCAACUACUACGUCAUCUUCAACAGGGCCAACAACAUGGUGGGGCUCUCCAGGCUGCCCUGA